GUUAGCAGAUAUGAACCCUAUCACCUUACUUCCGUGAAUCGUCUUCUUCUACCUAUCUCUGUGCUAUCCUAGCAAUAGCCUGCUCUGCUUCUUCCUUCCUGUAUCACCAUGGUUGGAUUUUCACAUACACCUGGAAGCUAUACCAUUCGAAAGUUCGCCUAUUCCCCUGCACGAUUCAAUCCUCCAUAGUUCAUCUAUCUCUAUGACCUACGCGCGUGCAAUCCUCCAUAGUUCGUCUAUCUCUAUGACCUACGCCCUAUUUCAAAAUCCAGCUGUGGAUUCUGCUUUCCAGGAUGUGUGCCUAAACUCUAGAUCACAAAGCCAUCUCUUCAUACUUCUUUACAGAUUCGAUGACUCUCUGUCACUCUUUGCAAGUAGGAUUGUUCUGGAUUUGGGGGAUUUGAUUUUUCCAGCUCUGUCACUUUCGCUCAUUCUGAAGUGUUCUUUAUUUCAGGUUCAUUUGCCAUUUGACAUUCAAUAUGUCAUUUGGAACAAAUGUGGGGGACAUUGUUGUGUGGGAGGUCGGUUCAAGGGUGUGAUUGAUCUCCAGGAAGUUCAAAUUUUGGGAUCUAAGUGCAUGUUCAAUGCCUUUUCAGGUGAGAUUACUGACAAGAAGAUCUGAAACUGCUUUUCCAAUCUGUUUCUCUUCCAAAGGAUUGCACAUAUGAUACAGCCAAUACUCAUGUAAUUACUUUUUUUCCUUAGAGAGAUAGAUAGAAUAGCUUAUGGCUUUCUCUUUUUAUUUUUUUUCUAUUAACCUUUUUGUCUUAAAUUUCCGGAGUUUGUGAUGUAGCUUUGAAUUAUCAAUAGACUGUGUUAUAAUUUGACAGUGAGUCAGUGAAAUCAUUGCUUACAAGGA